GGAAGCUCGCGCUCCAGCGGCGGCAGGUUGCUCCAUCCACAGUCCGCUCAGGCAGCGCUCCGCAUCGGACGUAACGGCUGCCAACGUGACCCGGGAUGGAACUUCACCGCUUCCCCAGAAACUUUUUCCCGCAAACGGACUGCCGGAUUAUUGCAUUUCGGAUUCCAAUGUCGACGAAUUUUAAUGUAAACUUCUGAAACUUCUCCGGGUUUCCUUCUUUUCCUGUGAAGGAAUAUGAACUUACGGUGGGAAACGGUUCGGGUAACGGUCUGUGAAACGGAAGCACAAGCGGCUGUUGGAGCGGUUUUUCUGCUUCUUUUUACGUCUUCUUCGGGGGGAAAAGGUUGCCUUGUGGAUCAAGCUUUUUUGUUUUAGAGCUUUUCUAAUUCCGAAAAGUUCCCGUCUCCCACCGCUAGAUGUAGCGGGGCAGCGGAGGGAGAAUGCGAACCUCUGCCCACGUCGGCUCUCUCGGUGGUUCCGUCGUGUUUCUGUAGACAAACUGAAGUCCAACGAUGAUUUCUGAGGAGAGAAGCAGCCACGUAAAUAAACAAACCCUCAACUUCCCUGUGGGUUUGCUCAUCCGCUCUCCCAAAAGGCGCCUGGCCAAACUGGGGAGGAAACCCAGCAAUGGAUCUGUCCAGUCCAACAAGUCGGACAGCACCGUCCGCUCCACAGAGAGCGUCGGCGUCCGGCAGCCGGCCAAGAGCAAGAUCCGGCGUCACAACAACCGCCUGUCCACGGUUUUCAACUACAGCCCCAACCUGCGGGAGGGGGGCCGGCGGGGCCCAACCCGGGGCGGCCCCGACCCCCAGGCUGCCGACGACCCCGCCGAGCUCUCCAGCCAGCGCUCCGUCCCGGGGAUCCUGAAGAUCUUCGGCAGCGACAUCUGCCAGGGAGCCCACUACAAGAGCGUGCUGGCCACCAGCCAGUCCAGCGCCAGGGAGCUGGUGAGGGAGGCCCUGGAGAGGUACUGUCUGGAGAAAGAGGACGCCAGCGACUACGUGCUCUGCGAUGUGAUUGGUCAGACGGGGGCCGAUCACCAGUGGAAGAGGGAGUGUUUCCGGGUGGUGGGGGCCAACGAGAGGCCCCUGCUGCUGCAGGCGCUGUGGAAGCCCAAGGAGGGCUUCCUUAGGCGCUUCGAGAUCCAGCUCCGCUCCACCGUGGAGCAGCAGAGCCUGAAGCACCAAGACACCAUCACGGCAGGGGUGAACGCUCAGGCCCGGAAGCUGCAGAAGAACCGGUCCAGAGUGGCAUCCCUGUUCGUGGACAGCGGGGGGGAGGAAACGGAGGGCCUGGGCUUCUGGAGGAGCCUGAGCGACAUGGACCUGUCUGCCACAGAGAGGGAGCCGGGCCGGGCCCAACGGAUCACAGUCAGAGAGAACCCGGAAGCCGAGGCCGACACCGAGGUUCUGCGACUCGGCCUGGAGAAGGAAGAGACGGAGAGCAGCGACGACAAUGCCACGCAGUACUCCAUACACCCACCUUUUGACUUCCCCUACUUCCUGCUGCUACAGGGCUACGACCACAGACAGGAUUUUGUGAUCUACCUGAUGAGUGGAAGCAGCACCAUCUUCGGCUGCUGCAGGGAGCACAGUACCGGAGAGGAUGAGGAGCGGCUGAAGGUCGACAUCCUCCUGUUUGCUCCUGACGUGUCGCCACAGCACUGCUGCGUCAGACGCCUGGACUCCAACUCCCAGAGUUCCUCAGGAAAACAGAGAAAGACUGUGACCUUGCUGAAGCCCCUCCACGGGGCCCCCGUCACCAGAAACGGUUUCCUUCUGGAUGAGGAAGUAGAACUGAAUCCUGGAGAUCUGAUUGGUUUGGGGAAGCACUACCUGUUCCUGUUCAAGGAUCCCACCAGCAGGUCGGGUUCUCCUCCUGCUCCGCCCUGGAUGGCCCGGGUCCGCCCGGGCUCUGACGCUAGCACUUCCUGUUCGUCCUGCGGCUCCUGCAUCACCGUGAAGCGGCUCCAGGGGAAACCGCCGGCAUCCUGCUGGAGGAACCUGGAGGGAGCCGAGGCUUCGCUGCGCUACGAGCUGCAGCAGGAGGAACGGGUCCUGCAGGAGAUCCUGGACAUGGUGGAUCCCAGUGAGAACAAGCCAAAGCUGACUCCUGCUUUCCUGCUUAUUCUCUGCAUCCAGCACUCCGCCGGCUCCUUCCAGCUGACUCACUUCAGGCAGCUGCUGCUCCGGAUCGCCAGCCAGAUCCAGCUCAUUACGUGGGAGAGGACAAAGGAACUCGCUGCAAUGCAACCAGAAACCUCUGUUGACGACGCGUCUGAUCAGCUGCAGCAGCUCAGCAUGGAGGAACUGAUCUCAGGUCUGCAGCCGCUGGUUCUGUGGAUGGCCAACUCCAUUGAACUGCUGCACUUCAUCCAGCAUGAGGUCCCCCAGCUGUUGCCAUGGAGACGGGAAAGCAUUGACCAAGAGCGGCUGCAGGCUGAGCUGUGGUCCACCCAGACGGCCUGCGAGGAAGCCAUGACGGUCCUGGAGGAGGUCAUCAUGUUCGCCUUCCAGCAGUCGGUCUACUACCUCACCAAGAGCAUGUACCCGGCCCUGGGCGGCCUGCUGGACGGGAACCCGUUCUCUGAGGACGGUCAGCUGCGACUUCCUGUCAGCCUGGGCAACAUCCUGCAGGUCCUGAAGGAGGCGCUGCAGCUCCUCUCGGCCUUCCAGGUGCAUCCGGACAUCUCCCUGCAGCUCUGUGCCUACCUGUUCUUCUUCAUCAACGCUUCGCUGUUCAACAGCCUCAUGGAGAGAGGGUCCGUGGCCGGGUUCUACCAGUGGUCCCGCGGCGUGCAGAUCCGGGCCAACCUGGACCUGCUCAUGGACUGGGUCCAGAAUCAGGGCCUGGCCAACAUGGCCGCUCAGUUCCUGCAGAAGUUCUCCGCUGCCGUCAAUCUGCUGGCCACGCCCAAAGAAACGCUUCUGCAGGCGUCCUGGGCGUCCCUCAGGGCGGAGUUUGCUGCCCUGACGCCGGCUCAGCUGCACCACAUGCUGAGGGAGUACGGCGGCGGGAAGCCCCGCCCCCCUGCGUGGAGCCCGCCAGCGGAGGAGGUGGAGGACGCGGUCAGGACCGCCGACGUCCUGCUGAGUCUGGACAGCCAUCCUCCUCUCAUCCUGCCCAGCAGCUGCUUCCAGCUGGACCCGGGUAAGGUUCUGUCUGACCCGGUUCUGUUGGAGCAGCUGGCCCGCCUGCAGGACUGGAUCAGCCGGCUGUCGCUCAGUGAGACCCAGAGCCCGGGUUCUGUUCUGGAGCGGGUAAGGAGGUUCUGUGACCCGGGUCGGGUCAGGAAAAGCUGUGGCGUCUCUGACCGGUACCGUGUCGCUCUGACUCAGGUUCCCGACGGACCGAGCGGCACCAGACCCGCAGCUUCCUGUCCCGGUCCGGACGGGGAGUCCGACCCGCUCACCUCUGCAGAACCGGGUCAGGGCAGAGGGUCGCACGGUGACCUGAACCACUGUGAGGCGGUUCUGACCCAGAAGCUGAAGAACCUGCAGCUGCGGAACGUCCUGCCGGGUCCGGCCGGCACCGGAUACCACAAGAGCCUGGCUCUGGACCCGUCCUGCCUGCUGACGCCGCCCAACACCCCGCAGGGCCCGGAGCCCGGCGAGCCCGAGGAACCGCACACAGUCGGUGGGAGCGGUGAUGUGGAGCCGGGAGACGCAGCAGCAGAAGAAGACAGAGAGGAAGUUUUCACAGUGGAGAUCCACAGAGGGCCCCACGGCCUGGGACUGGCCCUGGUGGACGGGACGCAAACGGCGCUGAGAAUGAGCGGCAUCUACGUGAAGUCGGUGGUUCCCGACUCUCCAGCGGCUCGCUGUGGGAAACUGAGGACCGGCGAUCGGAUCCUGGCCGUCAACGGCACCAGCCUGGUCGGAAUGGACUACAGCACAGGCAGAGAGCUGAUCCGUUCAGCAGGAGACGUUCUGAGGCUGCUGGUGGCAAAGAUGGACACCGGCUGCAGCAGCAAGAAUGCAGCUGCAGCUACAUGCUGAGAGCAGAGAGAGUCUUCUCCUCCAACUGCAGCACCGAGCCAAAGUUCACUGGAUCCCCCAGACGCAGCCCGGGGCCCCUGCUAGAAACCAGCUUCUGUCUGGCCCACAAACUGGGAGGAAAACCUGCAGCUGCUGCAGCUUCAGGCUCAGAUCCAAAUGUUUGCUGUAAACACGUGAAAGAAGCAGCAGCUCAGUAAUCUGUAAAACGUUUUCAGGUUCUGCUGCCUUCAUGUUUUAUAAAAACUGAAUUGUUUCGUCUCUGUUGUUCUGCUUCACAGAAAAGUGAAACUGGAUUUAUUUAAAUGUUCCUUUGAUCUCAGAAAGAUUUGACUUUUAUCAGCUUCAUUAUUUUAACGUCUGUAUUUACUCCGGGUUCAUAACUGUUUUUAUAGUUUUGUAAAAGUCAUAAUUCUCCUGAAGAACAAAGUUUAGUUUCUAAUCGUCUCAUUUAACAGGAAGUUUUAAAUGUUUGGUUUUAUUCUCUCUAACUGGAAACCUGAACAAAGUUCAUCUCCAUAAAUUAAAAAGUUCAUUUAUUUCACUAACUCAGAUUAAAAAUGGAAACUUGAUCAAAUCUGA